AUGACAGAACUUCUUGGAUGGUUUUUAUGUUUUUAUUUAAAAUAUCGAUAUGAUUUAAAAAUAAAGUUUGGUGGUUUCCGUUUUUUCGAAAUAGAAAAUGUUUACAUUGAAUAUAUUUCAUCAGUAUCAUUGGCCUAUUCCAUAAAUAUCAAAAUCGAUAAAAUUUCUUUACCAAUACGCUCAUUUAUCGGUCGGCAAACACCUACGUUAUAUUUUCAAAAUAUUCAAUUUAAUGCGAAAGUUGUGUUAUUGAAACAGCGAAAAGAAAAAAGCCAUAUAUCAAAAACAAAUUUAAUUCAUGAUAAAAUCAACGUAUUGCGCGAGAAAGUCAGAAAAUAUUUAUUAAAGUACGUAGCUGUUCAUAUCUCUUACAUUGAGAGUCAUUUAUUUUUCAUUCAACACGACAAACAAGAUGUUUCACAUGUGACAUUCUCGUUUCGUCAAAUAUCACUCCAUUCAUCAAAUCAUGAAAUGUAUGCUGGUUUUGAACAACUACAAUUUUUAUUUCUAACUGCUAAAAUAAAUGAAACAGUGACGAAUGAAAUUUUCCAAGAUAUUCCAUUGAAAAAUGAAUUAUUAUUAAUCAAAUUAACGUUAAGUUCAUUUGAAGUCCAAACUAAUUUUCAUCAACGUUUUAUCAUCAACAUUAAUAACUGGGAUUUUCAUUUUAAUGAAGAUACAAUCAAUUAUGUGCAAGAUUACGUUACUGACUCACUUACUUCAUCGUCCACCUCAUCUGCUUCUCGUUCCAUAAAUUCACCACCAUCAAAAUUUCGCUAUUAUAAUACAGCAUUACUAGCUCCAACGUCACCUAUACCUUUAUCAUUUAGUCCAUCGUUAACUCUGUCAGACUGGUUUGAGUUUUUAGACAGCAUUGAUAUUAAUAUAUCGAUUCGACGAAUAUCGUCGGUCUACACAACAAAUACCUCGACAGAAACUAUAGAAUAUUUUAUUGAUUAUAUUCGUUUGUAUUUUCGUGAUGAAAAUUAUCAUCAUCAACAACAAUCAACAAGAUUUUCUCUUCAUGAUAAUCUAAAUCCAGCAGCUAUAAAAAGGAAUACAAAUCAUUUUACAGAAAAUGUUAAACGAAAUUAUUCAUUCGAUUUGAAUGUUCAAAAUAUCCAAGACAAAUUAAAGUUAACAAAAUUAGCUAGUUUACAAUGUCAAACACAGAUCUCAUCAUCCAACAUUGAUAUCGACUUUCAUGUGAAAAAUUUGAAUCUCUUUUCAAAUGAAAAUGAGAUAAAUCGUUUACAGUAUAUUUUGAAUAAAUUUAAACCAACUCAAUUGCAAGAAAUGGAACAAACAAAUAAAAGUCGAUUAAGUCAAUUUAUGCAGGAAAAUAAUGUUCGACUUAACUUACGUUUAUCUCAUACGUGUUUAAAAAUAAAAUUAGAUACAAUUCAACAAUAUUUUAUUUUACAUUCGCACAAUUUAACUCUGUCAGCUGAUAAAACAAUGACUGCUAGAUACUGUGUUGAUCUGAAAAAUCUAAUAUUUAUAUACGAAAAUGGAAAUAACUUAGGAGAUGAUCGACAGCAGUAUUAUGAAGGAAAUGAUGAUAAUUUAAAAUGUUUACUUCUCGAUACACAUCCAUGGAAUUGUUUAUUAUUUAUUACACAUGCAACUAUGCAGUUAUCAAUGAAGGACCAUGAAUUAAAUAUUCAACUCGAUGUAAACUGUACACGUUUAUUAAUAAAUAAAAUCUUAGCAUCAUUGAUAGAUAGACUUAUUUAUCUUAUUCGUAAACAAAGUAUUUCAAACAAAUAUAUAGCAUCAUCAUCGUCAAAACAGUCACUCAUAUUUAAUAUUUUGUUGAAAAAAAUUCAUUGUAUUUUUGUUGAUACUUUGCCUGUUUACAUGUGUAUUACAAUAUCUGACAUUCUGAUACAACGAACACAAAUUGAAUUCAAAAAGAUAUUUGCACAUUUUUCAAAUCAAAAUAAAACAAAAGCAUUAACGUUUCCAUUAAGUAGUGAUAGAAUAUUUGAUGUAAAACGAUUUCAUAUACAACUGCAUGACAAUCGUAUUCACAUUGUCUUUCCAAAUGAUGUACGUUUAUUGUGGACAACGAAACUCCAUUUGUUUUUACAUCGUUUAUCACAACAGCUAAAAUUAUCUACAAAUUCUCAAUCGUUGUCAUCUAAUGAUCAUCAAAAAAAAAGACAAUUUGACGUAUUUCUACUAGAAUUUCAAUCAAGUUUACGUCUCCAGUUUUAUUUAUCAGACAAUUGUGUAACAUGUUUUGAUUUAAGUCAAAUUCAGAUUACUCAUCGAUUUGAUAUUGAUCAACAAAUACCAGUUCAAUUUCAACUCCAAUGCAAAGAAAUGAUUAUAGAUUUUAAUAAACAGAGCACAUUUAUUUGCGAAAAUAUCAACUUUCAACGUCAGCAUUAUUGUGAUUGGUUAUCAACCGAAAGAGUUUUAUUACAAAAAACUAUCAAAACACUAUCUGUACUUGCAAAUAAAACAAAUAUAGUUGAAUUUAGUAAAUUUUCAAUACAUUUUCCAUUUGCAUCACAAUUUAAUCAAGUUCUCGAAAAGAUUAUCAAUAUCAAAAAAUGGUUAACAAAACUUCAUCGUAAUGAACCAAUUUUAAUUGAUACUGUUCCAACGCAUACGAUAACAAAUGAUAUGUGGUCUGAUUUAGUUAUUAAAUGCAGUUUAAUGGCAGAUGAAUAUUGUGAGAGUGAAAUGCGUUCUGAUGAAUUAGAACGUCGAAUAAGCGAACAACAUACUUUAACAGAUGAAUCAAUAGCAGACAUGAGACGUGCGCUUAGUGAAGCUGGUAGUAACGUUUAUGUUAAGCGUAGUAAAGCAUUACACGUGGAAAAUACCGAACAGUACACGAGACAUCUAAUUAAAUGGUCUGUUAAAGAAGUGAGAAUAAUUGCUAUAGCAGAUCAAGCAUGGACAGGCAAACAAAAUAUUUUACAAAUGAUGAAACAAAUCGAUUAUGAAAGUCUCCAACCAGCAGCAUCGACAGAUUUUUCUGUAUUAUGGUGUCGCUAUGCAUUGUUCGAUUGUAAAGAAUGGAGACUAAUAUUUCGAGAUUUUCCUCAACCAUUAUGGGAAAUGUUAGAUUUUCAUUUGUGGGGACAUUUAUGUGCGUCAGAAUCAACUCCAGAAGAUGUGAGAUCAACUCGAUGUCCUUAUGUUGAAAUAUCGCAUCCGUAUGAAAAUGUACAAGUACAACGGCUAAUAUCACCUUUAAAAUUUUAUCACGAUUUUAAUUCGGAUACUAAAUCAUUUUUAUUUGCUUAUGGUCCGUGUUGGGAAGGAUGUUUAGCUCAAUUAAAUUUAUGUUUGAAUUCAAUUUUGCCUCAAACACGCGAUCCAAGUCCACUUUUAUCAUGGUGGGAUAAACUUCGUUUAUAUCUCCAUGGUCGAUUUUCAAUGGCUUGUGAUAAACUGUCUUGGCUUUAUCAUAUUACAUUUAAUCCGUACAACAAUAGUGAAGAAAUGGAAUGGUUAUGGGAAAAAUGUUAUAUGGAUUGGACGAAUGGAAAAUUUCUAUUUCAUGGAAAUCUCUCAAUUAAGAUUAGAACAAGUUCAAAAUAUGAUGAUUGUUGUCUACUCUAUUUGCCCAAUGUUGAUGCACGCGUGAAUAUUAAUUGGUUAUGUUCGGGUAAUUUAAAUGAUCAUCACAGUGUUCGAUUAUAUAAUGUUGAGUCAAUACCAAAAGAAAAAGUUGAAAACGGUACACAUGAUUCAUAUGCACAAUUUCGUUCAUUACAUUUAAUUCCUUCAUUUAAAUUUGAAUGCAAAGAUACUCCAGCAACAAUAGAAAAUCCUCCAACAUGUACUCUAUACGCUAGUUCAUUGAGAUUUUGUGCAAGAGUCAAAAAUAUAAUGAUGUCUAUUACUCGUCCAACUCGUCGUGGUAAACUAUUUCAUCUACAAUAUAUUCCACGUAAACCAUUAUUAAGUCGACAUUAUGAAGCUAUUGAAUUAAAACUUAUAUUUCCACAUUUUCGUUUUAAAUAUUUGACAUCGUAUGCACGUCAAACGGGUGGACAAAUUGAUUGUGAAAAAUUUGAAUUUAUUUCAUAUCAUGAAUUAAAUUUGAUUUCACAUCAAGAUGGACUUAUAAGACGACCAAGAGUUAAUUGGAAUACAAAAAUGAUGACGGUUAAUUUAAAUCAAGCAAAAAUGUGGUUAGUCAAUGAUUCAAAUAAUAAUGAGCUUGAUGCAAAUAAGUAUAUCCAUGAACAACAUACAUAUUUUCUAAGUUUAAAUAGUCUCGUUUAUAUACGAUCACAGACGCCAAAUAGUUCAUCAAAUAACUCGAAUAAUUCUGUGUCCACUUCAACGCUUAAAGAUGAAGCGACAACGGCCAAAACAAACGAUUCAUCCACGACCGAACCAACUCAUUCUAUUUUGAUUAAUGAACUGAAAGCUGUAUGGAAUAUAACGAACCGUCGAAUACUGUUUUUAAUUUAUGAAAUUUAUCGCCGUAAUAAUAUUCUUCGUUCAAAUUUAUCAAAUCCAUUUGCAAAAGAACUAGAACAUAUUCAAGAAGAACAACUUUCAUCUUCCAUUUUACUUGAACAACAACUUUCAACUUCAUCAUCGACUUCCACCUCAUUAACUAAUUCAACAACAACUAACUCAAAUAGAAAUAGUUUAUAUUCAUCAUCAGCUAAUAGUGAUGGAACUAAUUCGACACUCAAAAAAUCAACAUCAACAUUAAGUUUAAAUGGGACGGAAAAUGGAACCAGUGGAUCAACAUUAGCAUCAUUCUUAGAUCAAUUAGUUACGGAGAUUGAGAAAAAGCCAGCUGCUUAUCAUGAUCCGGAAGCUGGUCCUCAUGUAACAUUAGCUGGUUCAAAAUUGUGUACUACGGAUGAUAUUCUCAGUCAUUCGAUUCGUGUGCAAUUAACUGAUAGUCAGAUAGCUCUUAAAGGUAUUGAAUCAAAUGGUUAUGUGAUGUUGUCAUCAGCUCGAAGUAUAGUUGAUCAAUAUAAACACUGUCCGGUGUGGAAAGAUGAACAACUGUGCGCUAAAACAUCAUGGAAAGGUGAAUUACAAUCGAUGCAAUAUUUUGCAACAGUUGCUAGUGAAUUGGAUGAUGAACAAGAAAUGGGUGAAGGUGAAUUACCGGUAUGGAUACAACGUGAUGAAAUACAUUCGUUAUCGACACCGACUUCGACUGAAAAACAAGUGAUUGAGCCGAAUUCUGUGAAUGUUGUGGGCAGUGUAGCUGCAAAUGAAGAUAAAUGUACAAAUACCCAAUUGCAGCGUAUUGUUAGCAGAUGUCAAGCACAAUUAUCAUACGUUUAUUAUACAGAACAAGCCGAAGAUGAAACUGCUAAAGUUCUAAUUCCACCUUUUAUCAAAGCCGAACCAUUGACAGUUGGUGAGAAUGAUUAUUUACCAGUGGAUUCAUUUACAUUAGUUCACAAUGAUAUCCAUUUAUCAACAAACUCUCUCCAGUAUCGUACAAUAAUGGAUAUUGUGAAUAAUUUAUUGCUAUACGUUGAACCAAAACAAGAAGGGGCUAAUAAUCGUUUAAAGAAAAUUCGACUUCAAAUUCAAUUGUCUAACAAUAUGGAUGUCCUCCGUGAUAGCAUUCGACAUUUACAAGAAAAAGUGCGUGCAAAUUUAGCUGAAUUAAGACGACUCGAGCGUGAACUAUAUUAUCUUGGUCGUGAAAAAGAAAAAGCUCGUUCAAUGUCAGUUAUUGAUGAGAGUGAGUUAAAAUUAUUGUACGAGAAAAGUAAAAGUUCAUUAAAUACAUCAAGUGAAAAAUUGGGUAUGAUGUGUGCCGUUUACAAAGAUAUGCAAAUAGCAAAAAAAUGGAAUUUGUUAUUAAUAUCUUUUUCUUAUUUUGUUGGUGAUAAAACGGCUCGUAUGAAUCGUCGUUAUGAACUUCAUGGUGGUUCAAUCACGUGGUUUUUAAAACAUGAUGAUGGUCAGAUAACAAAUGCACAAGUUUUACUAAGAAAUAUUUUAUAUACGAAAAAGAAUUAUGAGAAUGACACAAAUGAACACCACGUUGGUGUUGGAACAGCUCAGAUAGAUAAUCUUUUACAGAAUGAUCGAUAUAAUAUUAUAUUAGCACCGUAUUUGAAUCAGGAUACUACAACAACAUCAACAUCAUCACAAAAAUUAAUGUUUAGAGUCUAUUGUAAAGAAGGAGAGUCGGUUGGUGGAAUAUCAGUCAAAGAACAUCUAGAAGUUAAUGUUGCUCCAUUAUCGAUUCAGAUGACUCAUCGUUUUUUUCAUAUGAUGAUGGAAUUUUUAUUUCCUGGCAAAGGUUCUGCAUCCAGUCAACAAAAUCAUCUAAGACAUCAACCACCUGUAUCAUACAAAAAUGCUUCUAAACACAGCACAUUUAAUAAAAGAUCACGUUCAACAGAAGGUGACGAUGAAUUACUUGGCAAAAGUCAAUUUUAUUUUAGUGUUCGUGAUCUUGACGUUAUGGAACAACGCGCGAAAAAGACGCUUACAUUUCAUUACAUUAAAAUACCCGAAGUACCGAUUAAUGUUUCAUAUAAAGGUAACAAAGAAAAAAAUUUAGAAGAUGUCGAGAAUAUUACAUUGAUCUUUCCAACAUUGGAGUAUCGUAAUGUUACUUGGGGUUGGCAUGAUUUAGUUAUGGCUAUAAAAUCAGAUGUUAAAACAAUGCUCGUAGGACAAGCCAUACGUCAAAAAUUAAAUUUACGAUUACCAUUUAAAUCUCGUCAUCCUCAUCAAGAGACAUUAACUGAAGAACAACAAAAUAAUUUAAAAAUGAAAAUUGUAUUAGGAAGUAAAAUACCGAUUACAACUAGCAAUUCAAACAUAAAUAGCAGUGGUAAUGAUACUAAUAAUAAUAGUGGUACUACAAAUAAAUCGAAACGGAAACUUUUCUUUGGUGGACGUUCCCGUAUCGAUUAG